AUGAGAAAUAUAUCAAGUAUAUUCUUGAGAAGGUUCACGACAAUAUGUGAUGCUGGACCAUCUUCAUCGAUCGAAAGUGAGUAAUUUUUUUGCUUGUCUGUUCUCAUCAAAGACAAAAUUAUUAAAAUUAAGAAAAAAUUCUGCCAACAUUGUCGUUUUGUGAAUAUAUAAAAGUGAAAUAUCCGGAAAAGUUGGUGAAAUUAGAUCGACAAGUUGAUGAAUUGAAUGAGCAGCGGAUAGAAAUCAAAAAGAACACAGGAUUUCGUCAUUUUUUCAAGGAUUUAAAUAAUCGUGUGUUGAAAAAUUCGAUGGCUGAAUUAAUAUGUGUCGGAUCAAUGGUUACCAAAUUUGUCAACAAACAAUCAGAUUUCGAUUUUGUGUUUUUUCCAAAAAACGAUGAGCAACGCCGAAAGUUUUUACGAGACUUCCAUCAAAAUCCAAGUUUCAAACAAAAUUUUAUGAACGUUUUUGCAAAACUUCUAGAGAGAGAAAGUCGAAAACUCGGAGAACCGGUUGAAAAGAUUGUAGAAUUGCCAAGAUUACGAGUUCCAUUGUUAAUUAUUCAAUUUGAAUCUGGUUUGAGUAUGGAUAUUCAAUUUCCUGAAGAGAAUUAUCAUGCGAUUCGAAAUACUCAACUUAUUCGAUGUUAUAAACAAUGUGAUGAAAGAUUUACAUUAUUGUUUCUUUGGCUGCGAACAAUUUGUGAUCGAUUAGAAAUUCGAAACAGUAAAUACGGACUUUUAUCAUCUUAUCAUCUAUUGUUAUUAGUUGUGCAUUUUUUGCAAAGCGAGCAAGCUUUAUCGCCUUGGCCAGUUCUCCCGGUGCUCUCAAAAAAUCAUCAAAAUCUAGUAUCGGCAGAUUUGUCUAUUUCACAAGUCGCAGAUUUUAUAAAACAAGAUCCACCAAUCAUUGGUAAGAUAUUUUUAUUUUAUGAAGAUAAUGGAAAAAAUAUUUUUUAUAAUUUUCAGAUUUUCAAUCUCACAACAAAAUGACAAUUUCUGAACUGAUUAUUCGAUUUGUUGAUUAUUAUAGUCAUUUCAAUCCAUCGAAAGAAGCAAUUUAUAUCGAAAAAGGAUUGGCUUUGAAGAGAAAACAAACUUUUGGUGAUGUAAAACUUCAAAUCAUUGAUCCAUAUUCUCCGACGUCAGUUUGCCGAUCUUCUCACGCAGCCACCGCAUUUUUCCAAGCCAUCAAUUUUAUUCGCUCGAAAUUCAAGCAAGGCUAGUCUAAUUUUCGGAUCUUACAGAUUUUUAAUUUUUAAAAAAUUCAGGAGAAAUGAUUGCUAGUCUUCCAACGCUUCCCGAAAGUCAACAGUUUUUACGAGAAACACAUUUUUGUUCAUGGCGACUUCAGAUGAACGACAAAACCAUUUUGUGA